AUGGGACAUCAUGAGCAUAGCUCUCAUCCUGAUAACAAGCCAGAGGAAUGUUCAGUGUGUUUUAACGAUUAUGAUGACAAUCAGCUACGGCCUCGCAAUCUGCCGUGUGGCCACACAUUCUGCUCCCAGUGUAUUAACAAUGCUAUCAAGAAUGGUCAGCUGUCCUGCCCCAGCUGCCGUGGCCAGCACGCUGCCACAGCCUCUACUCAGUUCCCAAUUAGCUAUGCUGUGGAGGCUUUUGUUAGGAAACUCAAAAAUACCCAGCUAACAACUGAGGAAGUAGUGCCAGCAAAACAUUAUGAAGGUCCCGCCAGAGGCAUCAGUAAGACAUUACGUUCCCUGGUGCAGGAGCAGAAGAGCAUCAUCAGCAGCCUCAUUACUAGCUGUGAAGAGGUCAUAUCACAAGAUAUUGAGUUGCGUUUUGAGGAGAGGAAGUUUGUUCCUAGGUUUAUCGAGGUUCCCCAAGUUCUACUUCUGACUUUCCUUAACAUACAAUCUAAAAUAGUUGUCUAA